CCACCGCCUCUGCUCUCCAGCGCCGGCGACCGAUGGACAGGUUCCACGACAGGCAGCACGUGUGGCUGCGGAGCCGCGUGCACGGCACGUACCUCAAGGCCAACAGCGACGGGAAGACCGUCUCCCUUCGCGGCCGCCGCGCCUCGCUGAAGGCCGCGUGGACGGUGCACAUCUACCACGGCGAGGGCGACGCCGUGUACCUGCUCCUCCACAGCGCUGCCUACGGCCGCUACCUCGCCGCCACGACCACGCGGGCGCCGCUCGGGCUCGGCCACAACGGCUUUCGCGCCGAGCAGCGCAACUACGAUGAGCCGGACAUGCAGGCCAUCAUGUGGGAGGCCGUCGGGGCGGGCUCCGGUGACGACGUCAUGCUCCGCAACGUCGGCGGCUGCUACCUCCGCGCCAACGGCAGGUACCUCCGCUGGAGCACCGGCGUCAGCGUCGAGGACAUGGACAGAGUCAGCACCAUGGCGCACUGGAUCGUCGAGCCCAUCCCCGCCAGAGAGGCGGGCAUGCCUGACCUUCCUGGCCCGCCCAACCGCGUCCUCUACAUGGUGCUCGGCCAGGCGUGGCGGACGAUCGUGUUCGUGCGAGCGAACGCCGAGGGGUUCUACGACGAGCACGGCUGGCACAUGUUCCCUUUCAGGGGGAGGUCCGUGAACCACCUGAGGAACGAGCUGGCCGACCGCAUCGCCUUCAUCGACGGCCAGUACCCCGACGGCAUCGCCAUGUGCGUCCGGACGGGCCUCUACGGGAGGCUGACUCCACUCGUCGUCGACCUACCCCGCUACUCUGGCCACGCCGAGGCCCACCAGAUUGUCGUGAUGAUGUCCGGGACCCCUGCGUACGAUGAUCUGCGAUAUCCAGAUGUGGACGCAGUGUAG